AUAACAUUUUUUAAAACUAAAAAUUUCUAGAAUAUUGAAAUUCAAAAAUUUGAAUUGCAAAAUCUAAAAAAUUGUAGGAAAGUAUAAUCGCGUGCGAAUCAGACUGCGUUGGCUGACACUUCGAGAAUUCUUAAAAUUCGUAAAAAUUAGGUUCAUAAAUUAACAAAGUCAAAAAACUGCGAUUGGAUGAGACGUAGCGUAGCUCAAGAUUUAUUGCAACAUAUCUUUUAUAAUCUGCAUUUUAAAAUUGCGUCACAUUACGUUAGGAUGAACAAGACUGCAGCCAGCACAAUGCAAUCGAUCACGAUGUAUAAAUAUUUAGAUAAAUAUACGCCCAGAGCGUUAUCAUGUCCAGAAAUUUAAUGUGUCGAAUUUAUAAACAUAUGGAAGUUUAAAGUGGUAAGGAGAGAGAAUAUUGAUGAAAAGUGCAGCCUGCACCGUACAGGAAGCGCAGCUAAGAUCAACCAACCCGCCGAUAACGUUGCAACUUGCAACGUGCAUCCACCCACCCAAUCCGCCGCGCUCCAAUUGCCAACGAGCUGAUCGCGAGUACCGCUAUGUCGAGGUUAGGGACUGUUUACUUGUCAAACCCGCGGCGUCGAGAGGAGACGUAGGCGAGAAAUGAGGGUGAUCUGAGGAGGAGUUUGACCGGACGUUUCUCGCGCGCGGGAAAUCAUGUUUUUCCCUGUAGGAUGGCCGCGGGUCCUCAACACCUGCGAGCAGGGCAAGAUAAACGCGGUGGUGUGCAACAGGGACAAAAUUAUGUUCGCCGUCCUCACCGCUGACGCCCUCGUCAUCUGGUACUGCAAGCCCUGUGUGCCAAUUGUAUUUAGCAGACGGUCCGCGAAUUCUUUGUGGCAACACGGUGAGAAUGUUUUGGUGCAAUGGAGACCAGACUCGAGUAUGCUGGUUAUUGGAACGUCGGACAGCUAUCUAUUGUUUUAUAAGCUUACGGACAACAGUGCGGAGGGCCGGGGACUUUACGAACAACGAGACUCGCCUGUUACUAGCUUGAAACGGGAUAGUGCAGAAUUAUUUAUCAAAGAAGUUAUUCCAUCCCUCGUCUUGAGUUUUGAGAAGUCUGCUUGGAUCGAUGGUGGGAUCAGUUCUUUAGUUUGUAUACGGGACGAGCUUAUGGUAGCAACGAAAACUAGCCAUGUGGUGCGUCAUAAAUGGGAUGGCACCAUGAAUCGCGACUAUUCUUUAGACUUGAGACGUAUACCCUUCAGUAUUGAUCAGCAAAUCUCUACUGUGGCUGUGCCACUUACAGAGAACAACAUUUACAUUACUGAUAUCGAAUAUUCGCCUCUCGUUGGAGGUUUUGCUAUUGUACUCAACAAUGGCAAAGCUGCAUUUCUUACCGCUCAAUCUUUAAAGUUUGAUCCUAACCAAGUGCAAGGAAUUUGGGCUCAGGAUCUGGACGAUGCUACUUGUGCCGCUGUUAAUCAUAAAUAUCGGUUAAUUGCCAUUGGUAGGCAAAACUCCGAAGGUGUUGUAUAUUACGUCGAUGAAACGACUGGCGGUUUAGAGAUGUCGCACACCUUGAGUUUAUCCUCCAAGGAUUACCCAGGUCGACCAGGUAGCGUUAAGUGUCUUAGAUGGACGCCUGAUAGUUGCGCUAUCGCUCUAGCUUGGGAAGGCGGUGGCUUAGCGCUGUGGAGUACCUUUGGUGCUCUGUUGCUCUGCAGCUUGAAAUGGGACUACGGCCUACGCGUGGAACUGACACAUGAUAAUCCUCUGCAUAUCCAUACGAUGGAAUGGUCCGCGGAGGGUUAUCAGUUGUGGAUGCUGCGAGAAUGUCCAGGAUCUUUAGUUACCAACGAAAACGGCAACAAGACGACCACUCGCUCUCUUAUUCAAUUGGAUUUUGCAAAAAGUCCUCUGACUAUCAAUCCGUGUAUGGGUCAUCAUGGACAUUUAUAUCUUCAAGGCGAGGAUAGAUUGUAUUUAAAUUUGGGUGCUGGCUUAUCUUCGACCGCUUCGGGUUUUCAUCUUGCUGCCGAAAUGCCUAACGAUAGUAUGCUCCAGACACUUGCCGGCUGCAAACAGUGGCUUGUUGUGCCUAUUCCGUCUGCGUACAGUGGUUCCAAUUGGCCAAUUCGGUAUACUGCAAUAGAUAGCGAAGGUUUGAGUCUUGCAGUGGCUGGUCGAACGGGAUUAGCGCAUUACUCCCUACCCUCGAGAAAAUGGAAGUUGUUCGGCAACGAGAGCCAAGAACGAGAUUUUAUAGUGACUGGUGGACUACUAUGGCAUAAAGGCUAUCUCAUAGCCAGCAGUUACUCCAUAUUAGAUGAUAAAGAUGAGAUUAGAAUUUAUCCUCGUGAUACUCGACUUGAUAAUAAUUACGUCAAAAAUGUCAGGAUGCCCUCGCAAGUGCUAUUAUUGAAUACCAUGAAAGACAGACUUUUAACUUUCUGUGCCAAUGCUCAAAUUAGUAUUUAUGAUAUGGUGUUGCAAAAUGGCGUGGAAACCGGUGGUAUUGAAUUAACGAGAAUACAAACGGUGGACAUUGGUGGAUUAUGCAUACAUCCUGCUUGCGUAGUUAGCGCUACUUUGACAUCGAUUCGUGCGGAGAGCGCCGGCAGUCAUCCUCAUCCUGAGAGUCUCUUGCUGAACGUCUCUGGACGUCUUCUCAUGGUUCAACGUGAACAUUCUACCGAUAAUUCGGAGGUUCUCUUCACAUGCAGUGCGCCGACAGUAUUAGCGUCUUAUGUCGAAAAUGUUUGGGUACCGUCGCGCUCGAGAAGGGAUAAACCGCACUUAACCGAAGCUCUGUGGCUGUUCUGUGGUGCUCACGGCAUGCGAGUUUGGUUGCCGCUAUUUCGUAAUCAUCAAGAGAAGGCACAUGCUUUUAUGAGCAAACGGAUUAUGUUACCAUUUCACCUGCGCAUUUAUCCAUUGGCGAUACUCUUCGAAGAUGCGAUUCUACUGGGGGCCGAAAAUGACACCGUGCUUUUUACGUCAGAUACUAACUCCCCCUUUUCACUGCCCUUCAAUUUAUUGGAACUUACGAGUCAAGUGUAUCUGCAUCAAAUUCUGCGUCAAUUGAUACAUCGGAACUUGGGCUAUCACGCGUGGGAAAUAGCGCGUUCAUGCUCUGCAUUACCGUACUUCCCGCAUUCGUUGGAACUAUUACUUCACGAGGUCCUCGAAGAGGAAGCGACAAGCAAAGAUCCUAUUCCUGAUGCUCAAUUACCAUCCGUCGUAGAAUUUAUCCGCGAGUUUCCUGGUGUUUGGGCCAGAGCCGUCGUGCAGUGCGCUCGCAAAACCGAAAUUGCACUUUGGCCGUAUCUAUUCUCUGUCGCCGGUCCGCCGAAGAAGCUGUUGCAAGAUUGUUUGCAGCAAAAGGAACUUGAUACCGCCGCUAGUUAUCUGAUCAUUCUACAGAAUUUAGAACCAUCCUCGGUCAGCAGACAGUACGCCACGUUGCUGUUAGACGCCGCGUUGGAGCAAGGUAGAUGGGAACUGUCAAGAGAUCUUGUGAGAUUCCUUAGAGCAAUUGAUCCAAAUGAUGUAGAGUCACCGCGUACAUCGUGGAGUGGCAGUGCGAAACUAGUAGGUCCUCCUCAAACUCCUCCUCUUUCUCCUCAUGAAGAUGAUCUGGCCUUAGUCCUGGGCACUAUGCAAGUUUCGAGGAGUCGCAGUUACAGUACUACAGUUACGCCUAAAGUACAAUCCGACAAAGACGUCGCACCGUCCUCUAUGCUCGAGAAAACCCGAAACGUUGUUAUGAGGCGAAAGAAAUCAGUUCCGACAGUAAAAACCAGCGAAAAAACUGAAAACAAGGAAGGAUCUGCAGAGGAAUUCUUUAUUGACAUCAUUUUGCAACGUCACGCCCGACAACUGCUUUCGGCUCGCCACUUGACUGACUUGGGUAGAUUCGCGGCCCGUCUUGAUUUUCAUUUAGUGACAUGGUUCGGUCGAGAGCGUGAUAGAGCAGCAAAGAUCGAUGAUUAUGUAGGCACAUUGAAGGCAGUCCAUGAAGACUUCGCAUUUCCGUAUCCGACGCUUUCGUUGCCAACGCUGCAGAGAUAUCGGAGAUCCAGCCUUACCUCUAUACACUCCAUAAUAUCCGACGAUGAAACGAUGUCUCCUAACUUGGUCGUCGAUGUACCUGACAGUGGAUACACUAGUCUUCCAAGCGGUAGGCCACCGUAUACAACAUUGGUCUCACCCGUCGCCAGCUUAGAGACACAGUUUCCAACCGCGGAAGCCAAAUUAACACCGAAUCUGAUAAAUGAUACCAAUAGUGUUCUCAGCGAUAGUAGUACAAUCUGGAGAGACGAUGCAGAAUCUAUAGUUGGCUCUGUGUGCUGGGUCUCACCGGAGACAGUGGGACCUACAGAAGUCAAUCCAGCCUCAUCGACUUGCGUACCAAUCGGUCGGGCGGAAGUACAGCUCAGGUAUUUACUGCAGCUAUUCCUUGAAGGAAGUUGUCUAGGAUGGGCUGCAGUAUUAGCUACUGUCCUUCGAGAUGCGGCCGCCAUGGCUAGAACCGUCAGAACGGCACAUGCACCAAUGCAAACUUUCGACUCUAUAAUCAAUCUAAGAGACGGAUUGCUUACAUUGACUAAGUGGUCUCAUUCUGAAUGUUUGGGGUAUCGUCCUUUUAUGUCCAACAUCCAAAGCCAGAUAUCGUUGUUGAAUCGACUGGUGAUAAUCAAGCAACAGCAGGAGCAAGAACAGAUACCAGAAAGCCCUUCGCCGAGUCCGGCUCCGUCCGCGAGCAGCAAUCAGCGCGGUACUCUUUCUCGCUCGAGACACUCUUCGAUCAGCCACGCUUCCAACACGGCUCCGCUCGAAGAGGAACGCUCGCACGAACCACUCUUAACAGUCGAGGAAUCAGUAUUUCACGGAAGUUACAAUAAUAAUCUCACAGCAAAUGUCGCGGAGAACACGUCGCCGCAGAGCAAUUGCACAAUCUCUUAAGAGUGCUUCACGAAACUCGGAAAGCUAAGGCUGUCUAUUUCACCAUGUAUUUUACAUACCAAAUGGAUUGUUUUCAUUUAAGACCAUGUUUUGCGAAAGAUAUGUUCGAUUUGUGUUGCACACAGUAAGGAUUCCGUAUGUACUAUAUAAUUAUUAUUUCAAAGAGUUCUUAUUUGAAGGCUAUUGAUUAAGGCCUUGAUUGUGCUGAUAUUAAGGAUAAUUUUUGUGGCAAUAUUUUGCAUAACUAAUACGAAUAUCUUUGUUCUAAUCCAGGUUAUUUCAGGAGUCCUUAUAAUUCGAAGAUAUCCUAGAAAUUUGUAUAUAAAGUUUUGGAACAUCUUUUUAUUAACUUUACAUCGAAGAUUUUGAAUUGUACAGGGUGAAACGUGUAAAGGUGAAUUUGCGUGUAUAUAAGCAUUUACGAUAUUAUUAUUAAAAUAUGUGCUGCGUCGUGAGGAAUAAAACUCGGAUGUAAUGUACGAAGUCGCCAGAGUCAACGGCAGUUCUUAAAUUUUACCGCUGAGCAUAAAAGCAUGUGCAUGAGAUUGGCUUCGUUAAGUAUGAGCAAUAGGGAAUAGCAAUAUAAUAAUGCUAAUGACCAGCGGUUCAAUGACAUUAAAUCAAAAUUGGCGCAUCAAGAGGUCUGAUAUUAGAAUGAUAAUUAUGUAAUACACAAAACGAUGAAAAUUAUUAAUAAGAUAUUUAUACAUAUUGUAACAUAGACGAUCAUACAAGUAUAUGUUAUAUUUUCACAUAAAA